UAUCGUUGUUUCAAUCAGUUUCAAAAAAAUUGUUCUUCUAAAAAAUUUUCAGAAUCUAAGCCCAGAUCCGAAAAUAUCAAAAGCUGCUAUUUAUUCGGAGUUGAAAGCGAAACAUCUGGAUAAUUAUGUGGUCCUGUGUUCACAAUCCAAUCUAUCGUUCACUGCUGAUUCAACGAAUUACUGUGUGGAUGGCAGUUUGAAUCAAACUUGUUAUGUAUUUCAACUAUGA